CGUAAGAGCGCGUUUUAGGAUUUAACCAAGUCUUUGCUGCGGGGCUGGCUGCAGUCUUCAGCAGAGCCCGACGGCCUGAGAGCCUCUCGACACAAUGAGAGUGUAAUCUCACUCGUUCUGGAGUCAAUUUUAUCCYUUUUUUGUUGUUGUUGUUAAUUGAAUUAAACAAACCCACAUCGUUUUUGUUUUAGUUUUUUUUUUGUUUCCGAAUCAUGACUGGAGUUUUCGAUCGGAGGAUCCCGAGUGUGAAACCUACAGAUUUCCAGAGCUCCUUUCAACUCUCCGCCAUGCACCAUCCGUCUCAGGAAUCCCCCACUCUCCCCGAAUCCUCGGCCACGGACUCUGGCUACUACAGUCCCGCCGGGGGAGUCCCUCACGGCUACUGCUCACCCAGCUCUUCGUCGUACGCGAAGCCCCUCGGCGCCUACCAGUACCAGUACUCGGGCGUAAACGGAUCCGCUGGAAAUUACGCGACAAAAUCCUACAGUGAUUACAGCUCGUACACGACUCCCGCCUACCACCAGUACGCAGGGACUUACAGCAGAGUGCAAGCCCAGCAGAGUCCACAAGAGAAAGAGUUAAGUGAGCCUGAGGUGAGGAUGGUGAACGGGAAGCCGAAGAAGGUGAGAAAGCCCCGGACCAUUUAUUCCAGCUUCCAGCUCGCCGCCUUGCAGAGGAGGUUUCAGAACACGCAGUACCUGGCGCUGCCGGAGAGAGCCGAGCUCGCAGCCUCGCUGGGACUCACGCAAACACAGGUCAAGAUUUGGUUCCAGAACAGGAGAUCCAAAAUGAAGAAGAUCAUGAAAAACGGCGAGCUUCCACCAGAGCACAGCCCCAGCUCCAGCGACCCCAUGGCCUGCAACUCGCCGCAGUCCCCGGCCGUGUGGGACACGCAGGGCCCCUCCAGGGCGCACGGCCUACAGCCACAAAACCUCAACACGGCGGCUUCUAACUUUUUGGACAACACGUCGUCUUGGUACGCCUCCGCCGGCAGCUCCAUGGCUUCCCACCUUCAGACCCCCAACUCGAUACAGCACUCGUUGGCUCUUGGAGCCGGGACGUUAUACUGAAAAACAAACAAACAAACAAAAAAAAAUGUUGUUCAUUUCGUUUGUUACUAUUUUUUUCCUUCUAUGGGACUUGUGUUCACAUUUCAGAGGAAUAUGCAAUGUAUCUGAUGACAGUCAUAGAGGAAAAAACGUGUAAAAUGUGUAAAUGUGUGCAUGUAAUUUAUUGCAUUUUGGAAGACUAUUAAACGUUUAAAAAGGA